AUGAUUCUUAUUGGUAUGAUAAUAAUGUUUCUUGAAUUUAUUUUUGUAAUUAAUGCUUACGAUAGAUUUCGAAAAGUACAUAUCAAAGAUGAUUAUUCAUUAUAUUGGAAUCCAUUAUUAAUUCAACAAAAACCACUUGAUAACGAAAUCAACUAUAUUAAAGAAUGUUAUGCAUUUAUUGAUAAGAAAGGUAUAUAUGGAACUAAAAGUUCACAGGAUAAUUUACAAAAUAAUUGUAUAAUUUCAAUAUCUACAUUAUCAUUUGAUGAAGAUAUGUAUAUAAAGUUUAUGGUAUCUAAUGUUAUAUGUAAAUAUUAUCCAAAUCUUUACAUGAAUCUUACAUUUCCGGAAAAUAAUAAAAAAUUUAAAAUUAAUUAUUGUUCAAUGGAAAAAAAUACGUUUCCAAUAUAUUACAAAGAAGCUAUUUUAGAAUAUGAGGUUAUUGGAUUACCAAUAAAAUUUAAACUUGAUUUUAUACCUUUUAAUCCUGUUUGUGGUAGUAAAAUUCAAACUUAUCAAAUAGGACAAAUUAUAACAUUAAGAAAACCAUUAAACUUUCAAAGACCAUGUACAUUAAUUCUUCCCGGAAAUUCAGUUUUAAAAAUUUUAAAUUACAAUUUCAAUAUUAACAAUAAUGUAAAUUGCAUUAAAUUAUAUGAUGGAAGGGUUUAUAAUGGUGACAUUGAUAAAAAAGAAGAAAUAUGUUCUAAUAAUAUAAGAAAAAAUAAAGAAAUCAAAAAAAUAUUUGACAUUUCAUGUUCACAGGGGGAAUUAAUUAUUGAUACAUUUUAUGACAAAUUUAAAAAUGUUAAAAUGUAUGAAGAUAAUAAUUAUAAUGAAACAUCAGUAACAUUUAUAAUAACCAAACUUCCUGAAACUGAUUUUAGUUUAGUAAAUAGUUUUAUAUGUUGA